AUGGCAAAGCUAGAUGACAUACUUCAACAGUUUAUGCAAGUGUCCAUCUCCAAUCAUAAAAGCAUUGACGCUGCAAUCAGAAGUUUGGAGAUACAGAAGGCGCUUCCUCCCAAAUUUAAAGAUUCAGGAAGUUUCACUAUUCCGUGCACCAUUGGAGACUGUGAUGUAGGGAAAGCUCUUGUUGACUUAGGGGCUAGCCUCAAUUUGAUGUCCCUAUCUAUGCUAAAUAAGAUUGGUGGUCUUGAAGUGAAGCCAACAAGAAUUAUGCUUCAGUUGGAAGAUAGGUCCAUCAAAUACCCUUAUGAUGUGGUAGAAGACGUAGUGGUGAAGAUUGAUAAACUCCAAUUCCUGGUGGACUUUGUAGUGAUGGAGAUGGAGGAAAAUGCAUAA